GUAGCAUUUGUGGGAAAUUUCAAUGGUCAACGAAACACAUUUCACUGUGUUCGUCUUUAACUUGUGAACAAUAUGCGGAAUAAGUGAUGAAUGCAUACCAUUAUCAUUGGACGAUACGUGUAAACACAACUAGAUGUGAAUUAAAAAGUCUUGUUUUUUAAAGCACAUCGCAAUGUAGGCUAAGUACGAUAGACUACAUAGGACUGUAUAUCCAUUUACGUUUGAAGACAGAGGCGUUUAUAAUUAUGGCAAAUGUCACCCAGACUCAAAGCGGAAUUGGAGUACCUCCUGGAAAUAUUAUCGUUCAGAAUAAAUGGCGAUGUACGGACCUGGUAAACAAGUUGCAAGGUACUGUCAAUGUUCUAUAUGAAGAGGACUUGGGGGUGUUAGACUUCAAGCCAUCUAAUGACAAUGGUGUGGUGUACAUAGCUGAAGCAGACUUAGUUGGUGCAAUCAAUUACAAGCAAAGGCUGGUUAGACUAAGAAAGGCAAAUAACCACAUCAGAGGAUUUGCAAUUGUUGAGAAAACACCUGUAUCUAAACAGUACUUCCAAGCUGUACAGAGCUUCGCUGUGUUGGAGUUAGGACUGGUUGUUGUACAGGUGACAUCACAGACAGAGGCAGCUAAUAUACUCAUUCAGAUGGUUUUAUCAAACAAUGCCAAAUCACAUGGCAACCCAUUUAUGGCGCCUCGAGGUGUUACUGGCUCAUCAGUUGAUUUGAAUAUUCUAUCUUCCCUACAGAUGAUACCAAAGCUUGGAGAGGUCAAAGCUAAAGCUUUGCUUGAAACAUUUAAAUCCAUACAGGGAAUCGAGUCUGCUUCACAGGAGAACCUGGAAAAAAUUGUUGGAAAGGCAGGAGCGUUACACAUCAGAAACUUUUUUGACAAACCACCUUAAGCUUGGACAGGUGUUGUUAGAUCAUCUAAAUGACCAUGUAGAUACCCAGUAUUCACGAUGCUAUAUAUGGACUUGUUCUGGCUUGAAUGUUUCAUCAGUCAUUUACCAUAUUUAGAAGUCAUUUCAUUUGAUGAUUCAUAUACAUGUACGUACUUAAUCUCGAGCGUUCCAUAGAAACCAUGGAAUGUACGUAAAGACAUGACUUUUGGAAACGUCGCGCGAAGACAUUGCAAAAGAGACGUCAUGUUGGCAUACGAUAUGACUAAAGUAUUUUUAUAAGUAAAAUAUUUACAUUAUUAACAAUUGAUAGGUUCCAUGAACUUUUGGUUGUUAUUUAGCGUACAUAUGUUAAGUUAAUAAAUUAUGAAACAUAACAAUAA